AUGGGCCUCAAUAAAGCUUCUAAUCAAUUUCUGGUACCAAAGACUACUCUGAAGAGAAAAUUAGAGAAAUAUAAGGCUACUCAAAAUAUUGAUAUUGCCACAAAUAAGAAACUGGGUAGAUUUGAACAAGUUUUUACUAAAGCUCAAGAGACUGAAUUAGCUACUUAUGUGAAACAGAUGGAAAGUCGUUUGUUUGGAUUAACCACGGAAAAUCUAAAGAAGUUGGCAUAUGAUCUAGCUGAGAGAAAUAACAUAAGUCACAAUUUUGAUACUUGCAAGAAGAUGGCAGGUAGAAUUUGGUUAGAAAACUUCUUAAAACGUAACCCAGAUCUUAGCUUGCGUAAACCUGAACCAACAUCUGCAGCCCGAGCAGCUGGCUUCAAUCAAGUUGCAGUUAAUAAUUUUUUUGAUUUGCUGUCACAUGCAAUUGAAACUUAUCAUCUGACUCCAGAUAGAAUUUUUAAUGUAGAUGAGACAGGAAUCACAACAGUCCCCAAGAGUAUAUCAAGAAUUAUUGGCACAAGAGGGAAAAAACAAAUCGGCUUAUUAACUUCUGCUGAGCGGGGUCAACUAGUCACUGUAGUGUUUUGUUUUGGAGCAGAUGGGUCCUAUAUGCCACCUUUGUUUAUUUUUCCCCGUAAAAGGAUGAAGCCUGAAUUGAUGAAUAAUGCACCUCGUGGAUCUUGGCCUUUAUUCCCAUUUGCCCCCUCUAGGCUUGCCACCGGGGUGGUGGAUGCCACUAAUUAGGUGGCGUUUACCACCCCGGUGGUCGAUGGCACUAAAUAGGUGGUGUUCACCACCCCGGUGGUCGAUGGCACUUAAUUAGUUUCAUCUGCCCCCUUCACAGUUAUUAGUACGGAGGUUUAUUCUCAU